CCCGGGGCCGGGGGGCAGCCCUGCCAGCACCCUGCCCGCACCCUGCCCGCAGCCCGGCGCCAUGGCGAGAGGGCAGCUCCCGGGGGGCGCCUGGGGAGCCCUUGUGCUGCUGGGGCUCAUGCUGCCGGCGGGCGCCUGGUACAAGCACGUCGCCAGCCCCCGGUACCACACGGUGGGACGCGCCUCGGGGCUGCUGAUGGGCGUCCGCCGCUCCCCGUACCUCUGGCGCCGGGAGCUGCCGGGCGAGCCCCCCGCUCCCGCCGCCGCCGCCGCCGCCGCCGCACCGCUGCCCCCGGGCCGCCCCGCCGGGGACACCCCGCCGCCAGCCCCGCCGCCGCCGCCCGGCCCCGGCCGCCUCCUGCAGCGUCUGCUCCAGAGGGGCUGGGGCUGGAGGGGGCUGCCCCGGCCCCCGCCCGGCCCGCGACGAGCCCAGCUUCUCCCGCUUGAAGACACUGCUCUGAUCCGUUGAAGGGGCCCGGCAGAGAUGCUUCGAGUGCCAGAGGAGCGUUGGCUGCCCGAGGUGGGAACCGCUCUCCCUGGCUGGCAAGGAGGAGUCUCAUCGGCAGAUCUCCGGGUACUCUGAGCUCUCUCAAACCAUACAGACAAUUGCAUUUCAAAACAAUCUGAUUUUUCAUGGCCACUGCCCAGAUGCAGCGGUAAAUUCAUCUUGUUUUCAGGUCAACCUAGUGCUAUAAACUUGGGGAGAAAUGAACAGGGAAGAUAUUUAUUUUUGUUUAUUUUUUUUAGAUUUCUGUACUAGCUUGUUUGCAAUAUGACACAAACAUGUACUGUUUGCUUCCUAGGAACCUGCCCUCAUUAAAAUGAGAACUGAUCAAAGGAA